AUGAGUAUCGUUUGUAACUCUCCGAAGUUCGAGUCGACUAACGAUCAAGCCUCGUAUUUCCACUUACCUGGUUCUUUUAUGACCGCAUCUAAUACUGAAAAAGCUUCGCAAGGUUAUUUCGACAUUAACCCAAGAUCCUCUCCUGCACAAACACCAUAUUUCGAUGCACAAAGACCACACUCCCCUGUUCAAACUCCCUUUUUUGACUGUGAACCAAUACAAACACCUUAUUUUGAGAAUUUGCAAUUGCAGCACGGUCAUGGCAUUCAACCGAAGUUUCAAUUGCAGAUUAAUGCUCAUAACGUUAACGUUACUCCGAGUGGAGUCGGUAAUCCUUCAUCCAUCAUUAACUCGACUCCCGGAUCUCAAGGCGGUGCUGCCGUCACUUCACCAUGGGGACAAAACGGAAUUUUCGAUCCAAAAGUACUCGUGCAACGUCGGCAAUCAUUAAAUCCGAAAGGCAGUUUUUCCAAAAAACCACAUUCCAUGCCGGCAGGAUUAUCUCCACUUACCCCUGUCACAUCGUCAUUUGAAGAAUAUUCUGUUGAUAGCGUUGCCCUCUUGAUCAAACAGCAACAAUCACAACCCUUAUCGGAACCUGCUUCUCGAAAAAUUGUUUUGUUACUUGACUUGAGAACUUUUUCGAUGUUCACAUCAAGUCGAAUUAAGACAUCCUUAAACAUUUGUGUACCAAAUACCUUGUUAAAAAGAGGUUCCUUUUCAGUUGACAAGAUCUCCGAAACAUUAGUUAGCGAUGAUGAUCGGAAUAUUUUCAAAGAAUGGCCAAAUUACGAAAAUAUUGUGUUAUACGACAAAGAUUCAUCCUGCUUAUCGGACAAUGGUCCCAUUUUUCACUUAUGCAAGAAAUUCAAAUCCCCAGCAUGCAAAGCAAAAGUCGGUUACCUAAAAGGUGGUUAUUCGGCUUUUUCUUUAAAGUACGAUGAACUAUGCGAGAAGACCGUGAUCAGCGGAAUUCCAUCUUCGUCCACCUUCCCUCGUAGACGACUGUCAAUAGGACGCAAACCAGGUCCAUUUACCUGUCCAACCCCCAUUAUCGAAAUGGCUGGUGUUAACCCUUUUUUCUCGAACAUCCGACAAAACAUGGAGAUGAGCUCAGGAAUAACCGAGACGAUACCUGUUCGCAUUCCAAAGGAUGUCAUCAUUGAUAGAUCUAUGUUGCCGAAUUUCAUAUUGAAACUUGUUUAUGAAGAUGGCGGCGAUAGGAAAUUGGCCGAAGAAUUUCAUGAAAUCGAACGCGAUGAACAGAGGCGACUACAAUCUCUGAUGCUUCAUAAUUCAAAUCAGCCAACCCCCGAAAGCCCUUUUAGUAUAUCGGCCGGUAUGGAAAAAGGAACAAAGAAUAGAUACCACAAUAUUUGGCCGUACGAUCAUGCCCGUGUCAAAAUUAGGGAAUGCAGAGAGGGAGAUUGCGAUUAUGUGAACGCCAGCUAUGUUCAAGUGAAUGGGUGCAGUAAACGAUAUAUUGCGACACAAGGUCCUUUGCCGACCACUUACGAAGAUUUUUGGAAGGUGGUCUGGGAACAAAAUUCCCGCAUUAUUGUAAUGUUAACUAAAGAGCAAGAAGCUGGCAGGAUUCAAUGCCAUCGAUAUUGGGCUGAAUGCACUGUAUCUCCGUGUCGAUUUGGACCUUUGGAACUUGUCCUCAUCUCCGAAAGUUCAGUGGCUAAUGAGACGGAUGGAAUUACUGUUCGCAAAUUCCGAUUAUCCCACAGAAAUCAUCCGGAAUUGCCUGCUCGUGAGAUCACUCAGCUACACUUUCUUGGAUGGCCGGACUUCGGAAUUCCGGAUUCUCCACGUCACAUUUUAAAUCUUAUUGAAGUUGCAAAUUCCGCUCAACUUCAUGCUUCGAAACAGUGCGAUUCCUCUCAAGAGAUUGGCCCAAUGGUCGUCCAUUGUUCGGCUGGCUGCGGUCGUACGGGUGCGUUUUGUACCAUUGACACAGUCCUCUCCAUGUUCAAUGAGAGAAACUUUGAUAACAACAGUAGGGAUAUUGUAAAAGAAACGGUUGCGCGUUUCCGUGAACAAAGGUUGAGUAUGGUCAAAACACUAAGGCAGUAUGUGUUUUGCUAUGAAGCAGUUCUAUGGAAAUUAACAGGUGCUGCAUAA